AUGCAUGCAUGUAUGUGUAUGCAUAAGCUAUACAAGAAGCUUACCUAUGAAAACUAGUAGGCACCACCUCUGGGGAUCCCUGCUGCCAGAGACAGAGGAUACCAUCAUGGAGAUUUCAUCAAAAGAAAAUGCUCGCUUUUUCUCAAACAACACCAUCCUGCCCGUGGACCGAUCUUCGUUCAAAUCUGAAUCUUCUGCAUCCAGGGAAAAACACUCGUGUUGUGGAGGUAUAAAGAUAUUUCUCGGUGCAUUGUCUUUUGUUUAUUUUGCUAAAGCACUGUCAGGAAGUUAUCUAAAAAGUACUAUCACACAAAUAGAAAGAAGAUUUGAUAUCCCUUCCUCUUUGGUUGGCGUUAUUGAUGGAAGUUUUGAAAUUGGGAACCUCCUAAUCAUAAUUCUUGUAAGCUACUUUGGAGCAAAGCUUCACAGGCCAAGAAUAAUUGGAGCAGGCUGCUUAAUUAUGUCAGCUGGAACAUUCCUAAUUGCGAUGCCCCAGUUCUUCAUGGGACGAUAUCGCCACGAAAGAUUCCCUUCCGCCAUCAACUCGACUGUUAACAUCUCUCCAUGUCUGCAGGAUAAAAGCCAAACUGCACUCACAUCCUUGGAAAAAUCUCAAGCAAAAAUAAAUGCAGGAUGUGAAAAGGAAGCAGGCUCUUCCAUGUGGAUCUACGUUUUACUUGGAAAUCUUUUGCGUGGAAUAGGAGAAACCCCUAUCCAGCCUCUGGGAAUUACAUACAUUGACGAUUAUGCCAUAGAAGAGAAUGCUGCCUUAUAUAUUGGCUGUGUACAGACAGUGGCAAUUAUAGGGCCAAUAUUUGGCUUUCUUCUGGGAUCCCUGUGUGCCAAACUUUACGUUGACAUAGGCUUCGUAGAUGUGGACAGCAUCACAAUAACUCCCAAGGACGUGCAGUGGGUGGGAGCCUGGUGGCUGGGUUACUUGAUAGCCGGUGUGAUCAGCGUUCUGGCCGGCAUCCCCUUCUGGUUCCUGCCGAAGCACCUCCCGAAACCGGAGAGCAGGAAGGACUCCAGCACCUCUUCCGAGCAGUCCAAGUUCAUCAUUGAGGAUAACAAGGACCAACACAAACCUUAUCAGCAACAAACAAAGAUUGCUGAGAUGGCAAAAGACUUCUUUCCAUCACUGAAGUGCCUCUUCGGGAAUCCAGUUUACAUUCUGUAUUUGUGUGCAAGUAUCAUUCAGUUCAAUUCUUUAAUUGGCAUGGUGACAUAUAAGCCAAAGUAUAUUGAACAACAGUACGGGCAAACAUCUUCAAAAACUAACUUUGUUAUAGGUCUUAUCAACAUUCCUGCUGUGGCCUUUGGCAUAUUCUCUGGAGGACUCGUCAUGAAAAAAUUCAGAAUCGGUGUUUUAGGGGCUGCAAAACUUUCCCUGGGAUCAUCUUUCUUUGGUUACCUUUUGCUCCUCUCACUGUUUGCGAUGGGCUGUGAGAACUCGGAAGUGGCCGGACUGACCGUGUCGUACCAUGGAACUAAACAGAUGACUGAUUACGAGCAAGCCGUGUUUUCGGAGUGCAAUUCCGGCUGCUCGUGUUCCAAGAACGACUGGGACCCCAUCUGUGGAGAAAAUGGAGUUACCUACAUUUCUGCCUGUCUCGCCGGCUGCCAGGCAUCCAACGGCAGUGGGAAAAACACCGUAUUUUUUAACUGCAGCUGUGUGGGAACCUUUGAAUCUUCACAAAGCUCCUCAGCAGUGGUGGGACCGUGUCAAAAAGGAAAUGAGUGUCCAAAAAUGUUUCUGUAUUUUCUAGUAAUAUCGGUUAUCACUUCAUACACUUUGUCAGUAGGUGGCACACCCGGAUACAUCCUGCUUCUAAGAUGCAUUAAACCCCACUUGAAAUCAUUUGCACUUGGUAUCUAUACCCUGGCAAUAAGAGUACUUGCGGGAAUUCCAGCCCCAGUGUAUUUUGGAGUAGCCAUAGAUACCACUUGCCUGAAAUGGGGCAGCAAAAGAUGUGGGGGAAGAGGAGCGUGCAGACUCUAUGACUCCAGCGCACUCAGGUAUGUGUACCUGGGGCUGACUUUGGUGUUGGGCACGGUGUCCAUUUUCUUCAGUGUUGCUGUCCUUUGGGUUCUCCGGAAAAGGUCUUCUCCACCAGAUGAGAACCUCUCAGCCAAUGGGGAGAGAGGCACCUGUGGGACAAAGAGCAGAAAAGAUAAUUUUGUCAAUAGUGACUGUUUAAUUCAGUCAACUUACUGGCCAGAAAAGGAGACUAGACUUUAGGAAGACUGAGAUCUCCACCGUGAUUUUACCCCCAGUGAGUGGUGUUCCAGGCAAAAAAUUCAUCAUCAGUGAAGCGGUAUCUUAGUAUCCACCCUGAAAAUGUUCAACUUCGUGUAAUUUUCACUGUAAAUGCCAAAAGAAAAGACAACCAUUUUUAGUACAUGUACAGCUCUGAAUACACUGCUCACCAGUUUUUCUGCCGAGUGAGGGGAGUACUUAUGGCUGGGGAGGGGCAGCUUCCUCCCUCACCAAGAAACCGCUUUUACGGCUGCUCCUCAUCUCUCUCCCUCCUCAUCAAGCUGCAACAGCUGCUGCUGCCCUUCUGUGUGUGAGGGGUAGUGGAGAGGCUGCCAUGCAGCUCUCUCUGCCGUGGAGCCAGCCCAAGAGGAGCUGGUGCACAAAAACCUGACUUGGCAGCCUGGAAGGUGGAGGGAUCUUCGUCACGUAGCCCGCCCUUGCAAACAGUGCGGCACGGGGCAGGAGGAAAGGGGUUUGCUGGAAGGUGAAAUCAGCUACAGGCUCUGGGCAUCUCAUGAAUUCAACCCAUAACACUUAGGACAUCAAAUGUUGUGGUUAGGGAUCCUUUUUCAAGUAACUCUAAUACAACAAUAACAGCAAUAAAAGCUGUCGUUGCAGGCAAAGAGACCACAAGAGUAUUGACCAAAGGAAACUGGAAUAAAAUAGAGCUUUUUUUAGGUUUCCAGCAGUUUCUUGCUACUUGCUAGUACUCGGUGUACUAAAUAAUUCCAUGCACUUUAUUCAAUGUAAUAACACCAUGAUAAAAGAUACGUAUGAUUUAUUUUU